AAUGAAUUUCGAUGACCUCGUGCAAGAAAUGGAUUCCGAAGUUUAAUGCUCACAACCGUUGAGCCCCCAUAGAGAUAAAGUGUUUAAAAAAAUAUCUUACAACCUAGUUUGCGCUCCUCGAGUAGAACCAUCACAAAUUGUGGUACCGUCACCAUCUUCUGGCGGCCAUGCAGAUAUAAUCCAGAAGCUGGAUGCCAUUGAGACCCGACUCACUGCCAUUAAAAAGUCCCUAACAGACAAAAUGCCAGAAAAGGCCGAGGUGCAGGCGCAAAGCAAAUUAUUGCGCGAAUGCCGCGUCAUAGCGGCAAAGACGCAUCAUUCAAUUAUCCGCAUCACCGGUGACUUGGAGGACGAACAUUACUUGGAGCUCGCUUCGAAGCUGCCUAUGUCAUCGGAAGAGCACGUGCGCUUCGUAGAAGACAAACUUUUACAAAAGGAAAGCACGGAUGCUAUGAUGCGGCUAAUAUUGAAGUCAAAGAGCGCAAAAGGCAGUGUGGACGGCGUACUGCGUGGUAUAUUUUCUAACGAUCUAAUGUACCACUACACUUUAGAGGGGCGCAAGGAGAAGGAAUCCCUACUAAAGCUAAAAUAUAUUUCCUGACAAGGAUAAAAACACUAUCUGUGGGGAGCUCCGGAAAUUUGUGGCCUUAAGCGACAAUCGUUUUAAGCAAAAAAAAACAUAAACUUAAGGCAAAAUUAAUAUAAGUUUUCUUAUUAUUACUUAUAUAUAUUAGUUUUAAGUUGUAAAUAUUAGUUUUAAGUUAUACAAAUUGGUUUUAAGUUGCACAUAUUUGU